UCUACAAUCUCUCUCUAAACUCUCUCUCGUGCAUGUCCACCGCGUUAGGCGCGGCGGCCAUUGGGUCGUCGUCCACAGCUACGGCUACUACUCCUCCAUCGUCUUCUGUCACAACUCCUGCCACCAAAAGCUUCAAGGAAGCUGUUUGCCCUUCUUCACCUCAAAUUCAUACCAAGCAGAUUGAAAAAUUCAAAGGCUUGCCUUGCAUUUCCUUCUCUAAUGAAGAAGUCCUUUCCCUGGCUUCCAGGUUUAAAUUUGCCCUGGUGGGCAGCUUCUUUGGGAAAAGGCCACCCCUGGAGAUCAUCAGGAAAUGGUUGGAAAAAAUAGGCUUUGUGGGUUUUUCUGUUGGGCUCCUCCACCCUGCUCAUGUCCUCAUCAACUUCUCGUUUGAAAAGGAUUACCAAAGAUUAUUCUUGCGCAAAGAUUGGAAUGUCCAAGGAGCAACCAUGAACAUCACCAAAUGGACCACUGAUUUUGACCCCAAUAAGGUAACUCCUAUCAUUUCUGUCUGGAUUUCCAUUGCAAACCUGCCCAUUCACCUUCAUGAUCAUAGAGCACUGAUGGCUAUUGCAAAUAUCUUUGGAAAACCUAUUAAACUGGACUCAUCUACAGAAAACUUCAUUAGGCCUUCAGUGGCCAGAUUCUGUGUUGAAAUGAACCUUUCCAGCCUCCCUCAGAAUUCCUUCUAUGUUAAAAAUGGAGAUACUCCCUUACUUCUGCAAGCAGAAUUCGAAAACCUCCCUGAUUUCUGUAAAAUCUGCAAAGGGAUUAACAGACAUUCAGCUUCCUGCAAGCACUUCUCUCCUCCAAUGGCUAAGAUUCCCCUGCCAAACAGCAACCAAACACCCUCUCCCAGUCAACAAUCCCAUCACAGUGAUACUUCCUCUAAACAGCUACAAACCAAUCCCUCCAAGCCGCUACCACCCAAAAAGCCCACUGUCCCUACCCCCUCCACUAAACCACAGGCCAACAGGCCUGUCAGUACCAACAACAACAACCUGACAAAUACCACCUCAACACCUAAUUCUGCAGCCCUCCCAGUGCCUACUUCUCAUAUGCCUUCUUCUGACAACCUGAGCCCAAUCCCAGUGUCCACUACUCACACCCUGAGAUCUGAACCAUCCAACCAAACAAUUAAUCACAAUCAAGCCACCCCUCCCACCGUCCCACCUCUUGCCUAGUCUUCCACCCCCAUCUAGAUCCCAGCACAACCCCCCUCUAAUCAGUCCCUUUCUCUCAUCCCUAAUCCUCUUCGCAACACCCCACCCUCUCUCCCUGCUGAUCAGGAACUAUUCGAGAACAACUUUCAAGAGGAGAUUUUUAAUAACCUUUUCCGCAUCUU